AUGGCUACCAUCCUGGAAGGUCUGACAGGAGAGCGAAAUGAUCUCAAUGAUAUCAUCAUCUACGGAGCCAACAGCACAGAGCGUGAUGCUCGUCUGAAGAAAGUCCUCCACCGUCUGAAAGAGGCAGAAGAGAGCAGGAGCUCGAAGCAGUCCGGGGUCGUGAUGAACACCACAGGUCAGCCAUGGACGGUCCUUAUCUUCUGUGUUGCUGUCCAGCUGCUGGGGGCAGGAGCCUCCUCGCCGGAGCCCCGGUCCUCCCAUGUGACCCAGGUGGGACAGAACGUGUCGCUGCCCUGUAACCUCACGUCCUCCGGACAGGUCACAUGGUUCCAUCUGCGCGCAGAUCACCUGGUCCCCCUGCUGGCCGUGCAUAAAAGCAAGCUCAACCGAACGGAGGUCAGCUUGUACGUACAGAACGAAAGUCACUUCCGGUUUGGUGGAGAUGCAAAGGACGGGCGGGUCAGUCUGGAGCUGGUCCACGUGAACGAGACGGACGCGGGUCUUUAUUUCUGCGGCGGUCGGUGUGACGGGGUCACGUGUUUCUCCAGAGGCCUUCAGCUGACUGUCGAGGGCAGUGAACCCCACACAGUGACCAGAGACGCUCAGGAGCUGCCAUGUUGGACCCUCAUCAUCUCUCUGCUUCCAGUUUGGUUUCUGUUCUGCUUUCUCUGCAUCUUCACCAUCUGUUUCUGCUCAGGUAGGACACCUGUCUGCUGCUCAGCCUGUGUGGACGGGGACGCCAGUCUAAAGGAGGCGCGGCUGCACUAUGCCAGUCUGAAGUAUGCUCGCAGGCCCCGCCCCUCAGCUGAGGGUCACACAGGAUUGGCUGAGGAAGAUGUCACUUACUCAACGGUGUCACACAGGCGGUAUGAAGAAUAG